CAGACUCACACACAGCAGCUUGCUGAUACUGUACGGCUGUGAGUAUACUACCAGGGAGCCUCACAUCACAGGACGCUACCUAACAGAAGAAUGGCUUUCAACACAUGGCUGCUUCUACUUGUCCUGAUUUCAUGGACCGUACAAGGUUUCCAUCCUAAAUCUUUGACCUACGUGGCUGAGAAAGAAGCAAGCUUUGGGGUGAACUUAUUCAAAGAGGUCCUACAGGAGAACAAGGAUAAAAAUUUAGGUUUCUCGCCCUAUGGGGUAUCCUCAGCUCUAAACAUUUUACAAUAUGGGACAGCUGGAAAGACCAUGGCACAACUGCGGAAGGUCCUUAAUUAUGGAUACUCAGAGCGGACUGUGUCUGCAGCUCUCCGUAAACUGAGGGAGGAGAUCUGUGGCUCGCUUGCCUCUGGUGAAGACACUAAAUCUGUUCACGUAGCAGAUGGACUUUUUGUUCAGCGGGAUCUUGAGUUGACCCCAGGUUUCCUUCAGAGGUUUCACUCUACCUACAGACGACAUGUGACCCAAGUCAACUUCACAGACCCAUCACAAGCCAAGGACAUCUUGAACCAAUGGGUGGAGAACCAAACAGAUGGUAUGAUCCAGGACUUAUUGGGCAGUAACUCAAUCCCUGCCCUUACCCGUCUAGUCCUGCUCAGUGCAGUGCACUUUGAUGGGAAAUGGGUCCUUCCAUUUCCAGAAAAAGACACUCACGAGAGGCCCUUCUACCGACCUGAUGGUUCUCAGGUGCAAGUGCAAAUGAUGGAAAACACCGCCAAGUACAACUACAGUGAACUGGAAACCCCAGAGGGAGUGUAUUAUGACGUCAUUGAGCUGCCCUACGAAGGAGAUGAGAUCAGCAUGUUAAUAGCAGCUCCUUAUGAGAAAGGGGUGCCACUGUCCACCAUCACAGACAUCCUGACUCCCAAACUUAUCAUCGAAUGGAAGAACAGUAUGAGGAGAUCAACACGUCUUUUAGUAUUGCCCAAGUUCUCUCUGACAAGUGAAGUCAACCUAAAAAGUCCUCUUCAACGUCUUGGAGUCACAGACAUGUUUUCGGCAGAAAAAGCUGACUUCAGCCGCUUGUCAACUGAAAAACCCCUCUAUGUAUCAGAAGCAUUCCAGAAGGUCAAGGUCGAGGUGACGGAGAGCGGAACAAAAGCAUCAUCUGCAACAGCUGCAAUUCUCCUGGCCAGAAUGGUCCCUCUCGAGGUCAUCAUGGAUCGCUCAUUUUUGUUCAUCAUCAGACACAAUCCAACAGGUUCACUGCUAUUUAUUGGACAAGUCAUGGAGCCCUGAAACACAGCGCCACCUAGUGGCCAUAUCAAGUACCUCACCAGGAGACAUCCAGAAUAAUGCCCCCGCCAAAUGAGGCGCAGCGGCUCGCCCAGACUACUAGGGAGGGGGCUGGAUGAGGGCGACACGGGUAGUAUGAAUGAGCGCAAUAUGGGAGAUGUAUGGGAUGAAUGCAAGGAUUGCAAGCUACAGAUGUAUUAUGGAUUAUAUGACAUUUUAUAUGGAAUUUCUAUUUAAUAAAGCUAUUUAUUUAU